AUGAGCAGCUCUCGGCCUGAAGGGGAGACAUCCAAUGGCGAGAAAAAAUACUCUCAUGCACUGGAUGCAGAGCCAAGCGACUUCGGUGGUCAAAACUCAAGGGUAUCGCAAGGGCAUUCGUCAACUGCAUCUGGGUCCGACUCGAGAGACCAAGACGGGAGUCGAUCAAAGUUCCUGAAUUCGUACGGCCUCGUAGCUACUACAGUACCACCCUUUGCGCUGGACGAGCAAUUGAAGCAGCAAAAUCUGCGGCAGGUGCAAACUCACAGUGCACUUGUGGCUGAGAAAGAAUUAGGACGAUACUGCAAAGACCCAUUUUUGGUGUCCCACAAUUUACGGUGGGGGCCGUUUGCCGAGAACGUUGGCUCGAAUGCUGCGUACUUCAACAAGGCAACCAAGCCCGCGACCGGCUCGCCGGGUUUCACGCUUUACGAGGACGAUGCAGGUCCCUCGUCUAGCGCGGUUUCGACUAAGGAAGAGGAAGACCAAGACAUAAACAAGACAGCAGGCGAAUCAUCUUCCUACGAGGAGGACAAAAGCGUCAGUAAACAGACUCGCACGGAGGCUCCGCACGAUGUGUUCGCAGACCUAAAUGGGUCAUGGGGUGGGAGUGAGCGACUCAACGCAAUUUUCAAUGGGCCCCUGUUGGACAGCGACAAGCUGACCAGCCACAAAGACCGCAAUGACUGGUCUGAGUACCUGGAGUCUGUGAAGGCCUUCUACUAUACAAACGGUCCCCUCAACCAGGACCUUGAGGCAGGUCUUCGCAGGGAAGGUUCCAGUAACCUCGACGACACAGAGGAAAACAAGCUACACACAUUUUUAGAGAAGCAACGCUCGGACUUCAAAGAGACUCGAAAACACUGGAGACAGCUCGAGCGGCAAAAAAAACAAAAAUGGGUCCCAACACUACGCAAACUACUUCUGGACAGUCAAUAUCUACCCUUAAGUUUCCGUAUGUUCAUUGUUAUCCUGUCUGCCAUCGCGCUGGGCCUGGCUAUCCGCAUUUUCCAAAAUUCUAAAGGUGAACUUGAGUUUUCCGGGUCUUCUGUCCCGCAGCAGGCAAGCACUAUCAUGGCGAUCUGCGUCAACUCCAUCGCAGUGCUAUAUUUGUUUUAUAUUGCCUAUGAUGAGUUUUCUGGCAAGCCCUUGGGACUGCGGGAUCCUGUGGGCAAGCUCCGGCUAAUUCUGCUCGAUCUACUCUUCAUCAUUUUUUCGAGUGCCAACCUGGCACUGACUUUUAAUACACUUUACGACAAACAAUGGGUGUGCACUGAGGGGAAGUACUCCGAGGAUGAGCUACCAAAAAUGGAAUAUAUCUGCAGGAAGCAGAGAGCUCUGGCAUCAUUUCUAUUUGUCGUACUUUUCAUGUGGGUGGUGACUUUUACGGUCAGCAUCCUCAGGGUGGUGGAGAAAAUGAGUUCAGGCUCACCACGGUAA